AUGUCUUCCCCUUCUCUUCCUCCAUACAAGGCCCGUUGUGAUUCGGCCGAAGAGGCUCAGCGCCUUGCCGACAAUGUUCUGCGUUUUGCCGCCUCUCUUCCGAGAGGCACUCGCAACGACUGGCUCAGUCUUACGCUGAGAAAUGAUGGGCUGUCUGCUGCCCUGAUCCAUCAUCAGGCCUAUCUCGGCCAGCGUAAUCUGCUUCGGCAGCAUGCUGACCUUUCGGCCAGAAAUGCAGCCCUCCAUGCGCGCGUUGCUGAAUUGGAGCAGCAACUUGGCGCCGCCAGGCCCGCUCAGCCUGCCAACGCUUCCGGCGACGGACGCGGUGAUCAUGGUCGUCCUCGCAGACACUCUGUGGCUUGA